UUUUUUUUAAGUUGCGUUAAAAUAUUUUAUCGCAUUAAUCGCGGCCGCAUUAAUCGCAUAGAUUAACGCGUUAACGCUGACAGCCCUAAUUAUAACCUCUCGCUCCCUUUGUCAUUAACUUAUUUACAACUUGAUUUUACUGCUGGUGAAUGUAAUUCUGCAUCAAUGCUUUAUAAGAUGCAACACCCUAAACAUACAGGUAGUAAGUGUCUUUAAUGGUUGAAUGUUGUCUGAUAGCCUUUGACAGACACAUGUUCUCAUGGUGGACGUCAGAUUUAUAUUGGCUGGAUAAGGACUGUGUGUAUGCUGUAUGGGUUCUCUAUUAAUGUAACCCCGCAGCUCGUUAAAAAUUCUCUUUAACCACGUUGUCUGCAGGCUAGUUUACUUAAAAUAAAUGUCCCCGCUUCUCCAGUGUCGCUAGCACUACUGACAAACUCUCCACUCAGCUCUCAUUGAACGUCCGCCCUUCAAACUUGGACGUGGGUCUCGUAACUUGCGAUUGGCCAGCGGCGAAAUGACAGCACCUGCUUGGCUCCUUCAGACAAUCUGUCACAAGCGUUAGGCAGAUAUAGGCAGCAUCCAUUCCUUCGCCAACGCUCAUUCACACUGGUAACAGAUGAGAUACGCACAAAAAACCUAUGACCUAACAACGACCGAGUGACACUUGAGCGUUUACCAGUUUCAGAAGACAUGGACGUUAAAUUGGCUUUGGGCAUUUUAAUAUUUUACAUUUUACAUGAAGUCCGUGCUACAGAUGCAACCGAGCAUGAUGCAUCACAGGAGAGAGCCCUGAACCUCCAGAAGAGAAGACUUUCUCUGCAGAACACAGCCGAUAUCCAACAUUGUCUAUUAAGUGCGGGGGAUGUCGGCUGUGGUAUGUUCGAGUGCUUCAGCAACAACACCUGUGAGAUUGGUGGCCUGCACGAUAUCUGUCUGACGUUCAUGCACAACGCUGGCAAGUUUGACUCUCAGGGGAAGUCCUUCAUAAAGGAUGCACUCAAGUGUAUGGCCCACGGACUGCGGCAACGCUUUAGUUGCGUGAGCCGGAGGUGCGUGGCUGUGAAGGCGCUGGUAUUCCAGCUGCAGCGUCAGUGCUACACUAAGCACAACCUUUGCUCCGCGGUGCGACAAAACGUCAUCGUCAUGGUGGAGAUGAUCCACUUCAGCGACCUUUUCCCUAAGGGGCCUCACGUGGAGCUUGUGAACAUCCUGCUGGGCUGUGGAGAUGAGGUAAGGGAGGCGAUCGGCCGCCGCAUCCGAGCGCAGUGUGAGGUCAACUGGGGGGCACUGUGUGCCAGCCUCAGCCUCUGUCCUCUGGGGAAAGAGGGAACUGACCAGCCCCUCACCCCAACCCUGGCCACCAUGGGGGGCCAUGGGAAUACACUGCCCCCUGGAGGCCAACUGGAGGGAGACAGGGAGCAGUCUUGGAUGGAGGAACUGUUAAAUGAGAAUGACCAAUCAAAGCUGCAGAAGACUCUCAGUGCUGUCCAGCCUCUUCAAGAUAACAGCAGUGACACCUUAAAUACUGGGACUCAGGGAGCAGAUAAUGGGGGACACUAGAGAUAAAUCAGAAAAGCAAACACAGAGAGAUGGAUCUCUCUCUCUGUCCCUCUAUCUAUCUAUCACAGCAAGAAUCACACGUAGGCCUGCUGUACGUUUUACCAGAAACUCUGCAACUCAGGGCAAGACUUCCACCUCCUUACUGACUGUUGGGGAUGACAAGAAAUACAAUUCACUCACACGUUAUACACACAGAACACACAAACACACUCACUCAAACACACACAAACAAACAUGCAAAACUCUCUCUCUCUCAAACACCCACCAACAGAUCCAUGUAAUUCCAUGGGCAGUCAUACACAUGCUGUACAUC